UACACGGAAGUAGCAGCGGAGGAAUGAGCAGACGGGUGAUCGCAGCUGCUGCAGAACCUCAUUUGUCUCGUUCCUGGCUACUUGACAGAGGUGAAGACCGCGCUGUUGAUGACCGCAGUGCCACCGACACGCUCCCGGAGAUCGACCGUGUCAGGACUCCUCACAUCUCAGCCUCCUGGACCAUGGGGAGGAAAGUGACGAGAGAUGAGCGAAUGUCCGCUUAUCAAAUUUGUUUGUGAUUCAAAGGGGAUUGCAGAGAAGAUGACGUCGUACUCCUCCAGAGAGGCAGAGCUGCAGAAGCUGCGCGACGCCCUAACGGCAGAGAAGAAGACACUUUUAGAGGAGAUGAAGAUGAGCGAUGAGCCGCAGGAGUCGCGCCGCCAGUGGUCAGAGGCCGCACAUGGCAGAAAUCGGGCUCUUCUUCAGGAUUUGCGGAAAGCUGAGAAGACUUUAAGGAGAAGAUCACAAGUCGCCCCUAACCACGCGAUCAUGGAACUCGAGAGUGACUAUUGGAAAUCUGUGGAACAGGAACUUCCUAAAUGGGAGCAGUUUCUACUCAGAAAAUCUCAGUUGCCUUUUGGAAUGAAAGAAAACCAGCAGAAGCUCAAACAUUCCCAAACUAUGCAGACACCGAGGAGAAGGAACCUGCCUCCUUCAGGCUGCAGCUCAAGCACUUUUCCAAGAUAGCCUCACAUCACGGGCCAGGUUUAUCCGUCUCUGUACUCCAGUAUGCCAUCUCCAGCCAUAUACUGACUCGCGUCUGCAUUUCCAAUACAUUUCCAAAAGGACAUGUUGAGAGUUGUAGUCCCGCAACAGAUGUGCAUGAGUACAUGCUCCGCAACCUAGACCUUAAAACCAGACUAGGAGGACACAUGGGGCUUCACACAACACUUUACAUAUAGAAACCACCACAAUCAGGAGUUACAUAUAAAACAAUAGGAAGUAUAAUCCAACAACUCACACAAAUAAAGACUCAAUGUCGCCCGUAGUAAGAAAUCAGAUUCCAGAAAGGAAAGGGAGCAGAUUGGUUGAGAUGAUCAGCGCUUGAAUGCUCUCCUGCUUCCAUCUAAUGGAUAGGGGCCAAGUGUUAGAUCGGUGAGGAUUCUUCUACCACUGGGACCUCCAAUGAUCGCAAGAAUGGGUAUCCUGUACCCUUUAGAGACCCCCGAAUCUAACAGAGCAGCAGUUCCAGCAUGCGCACUGCCGCUCCAUUCAUUUCUAUGGUCGUUCCAGAGAGAGCCGAGUCCAGCGCUGGUCUAUUUCCAGAACUGAGACGAAUGCAGCAGAAGUCGGUAUGCCCAUCCUGCUGCUCAGUUUGUUUUGGGGGGAAGGGGGGGGGGGUUCCACAUUCUCUUGGUCAGUGGUGGUCCUGGCGGUAUGAUCCGCACAAAUCUAAUUGUUUAUUCCCUAUCCUGCGGGUAGGAGAAUAACUUGUAAGAACCGGAAUACCUCUUUAUGGCUAUAUGCUUUUAGUUGCCUCGGGAGAUUUCUUGCGGCUUUCGUCCAGUGGUAGACAUCUGCAACUUUUUGGACUAUAUAGACUUCUUCCACCGACGGGAUCGGUCAGCUGAUUACGCUUCCUAUGUAAGUGCAUGUGCAGGUCCAUACUCCUAGUAGUCUAAAGGGUGCAAAAAAUGUCCCCUUUAGCUAAUUGAGGAGCUGGAAGAAUACAUUGGGCUCCUAGUAAUGAGUCCAGUGUAUUUAUGAGGAGAGUGCUCCCCCCCGUCUGUUGCACUUCCCCCACCCUUCAGACACAGCGGGUGGAUUACAUUUGUCAAAAACUGAUGCUGUAACACGUGGCAGAUUUUCCAACUGCAAAUGUGUGAACAUAGCCCGAUUUGUUUACCAUGGAGAGGCUUAGAAGCUGUAGAAACAAAACGGCAGAACGUUUCUAAUUAAAUCCCAUUUCAAAGAUUCUUCAUUUCUUGUUUUAUAAUUAUUGGGACAAAUAUUAAAAAGUUUGCAAUGGUGGACCUAGCUUUUAGCACCUUGACAUAAGUGUACAUCCAUGCUCAGCCUGCACCACAAGCAGUGGGCGCCCACCGUGUAACACAGCCAACACCCGCCUGCAGUGACAGGGAUCGGCGAUAACGUCGAUCCUUGUCAUUGUCAAGAGAAACGGCAUCUGAGAGGUUAGUCAGGGGGAGGAGGCUUCCUGUAAUCUCCAAUCAGCCUCCCCGUGGAGAAAUCACAGGGCGCAGAUUAGUUCCUGAGGCAGAGCCUAAUAGCAUGGAGAGUCCCCAUAGACUGCAAUAUUAAACUAUGCCAUCAAACAACCACAUAUUCAAGUCAAGUUAAAAAGGUAAAAAUAAUUUUAAAAAAAUCACCCCAUUUCCCAAUUUUACAUAUACAAUAAACAAAAAAAAUAAUCCUAAUUGGCAUAGCUGUGUCCAAAAAUGUUCACAUUAUUAGAAUAUGAAAGUAUUUAUCCG